AUGAAUCAUUCAACUUAUAAAAGAAUAUCAGAACCAUUAUGUACAACACCAUCAAUUAAAAAAAUAUCAUUUCUUAGAGAGAAUAAACAGAAACUUACUUUUGAUAUACCAAUUAUUAUCCUAAAUCUAUAUGAAUAUUCAAAUUCAGGUACAAUGGUAAUGUCAGAUUUAUCAGAAGUUCGUACUACAACUUCACUAACAUUAAAAGAUGUUCCUCCUUCAGUUUUAAAUGAUUCAUAUUAUCUAUCUAAUGAUUCAAGUCAUCAAAUACCCAUUUCAAGAUUAAUUACAACUUCUUUAAGUUUAGAACAAAUUGAAUAUGUUAAUAAACAAUUUGUAGCAACACCACCUACUUUUGGAGGAUUCAUAAUAGCAAGAGUAAGUAUGGAUCUUAGAGCAAGGCGUGGUUUAAGCUUAGAUUCUUUUUUAAAUACUUUGGAAAUUAUUACAAAAGAUACUGUUGAAGAAAGUAUUGAGGAUAUAAAAGGUUAUUUUAUACUAUUUUUAAAAAGAUUAAAGGAAAAUUCAUCCAGAGAAUUUUAUGAAGAAAUUGUUGAACAUUAUGACUUUAAAAGGUUUGAAAUUGAUAGGAUAAUUGGUGGUAAUGAAAAUUCUAAUAUAAACAAUUCAGCUACUGAUAUAUCAUAUAAUUUAAUACCUCCUCCAACAGUUGACACAGAAUCAUCAGAAGAAUCUAAAAAUGACGAUUCUGAUGAAGAUAGUAUUGCAGAAGAUUUAAAAUUUGUUACAGAACCAGUGCAUAAACCAAUUGAUGAAAAUCAAGAACAAGAAAGUAUUGCAGAAGGAUCAGAUUAUAGUAUUGUAGAAGAUUUAAAGCUUGCUACAGGACCAAUGCAUAAACCAAUUGAUGAAAAUCUAGAACAAGAAAGUAUUGCAGAAGGAUCAGAUGAUAGUAUUGUGGAAGAUUUAAAGCUUGUUACCGAACCAAUGCAUAAACCCAUUGAUGAAGAUUCAGAACAAGAAAGUAUUGCAAAAAUUUCAGGAUAUGAUAGUAUUGCAGAAGAUUUAAAAUUUGUAACAUGUCCAACAGAAUCACACAAAUUACACGUAAUGGAACCACCGGCAAAGAAAUUAAAAUUGGGUAACGAAGUACAUCAAGAGAGUUCAGAAACAUCAAUACAAGAUUCAGAAGCAUCAAUACAAGAUUCAGAAGCUUUAAUUGAUUUACCACAAUCAACUUUAUUAUUAAAUAUUCAAACUAUAACCAUACCAGAAUUAUUAAAAAUCCCAAAAUCACAAUUAGUUAAUAAACUUCUAAUAAUAGAAGCUUUUCAUUGGACAUGGUUUCCUCGUAUUCCAUUAAGUUUAAAUGAUGAUCAAUCAUUCUUAGUAUUACAAGCACUUGAAAUUACUAUUAAAGAUUCAAAUGAUAAUGCUUUAAUUUUAGAUUUAACUGAUCCAGGGAGAUUAUUUAACUUUUUUCAAAUACCAGAUUUAAAUCCCUCCAUAGUUAAUCAAGUUAUUGGCAAGAUAAAUAAAUUUCUUGAAAUUCCAACUAAAUCAAAACAAUUUAAAGUCAAAUAUUAUAAUGGUAAAUGGAUUUUAUUAUCAACAAUAGAGGAGAUUUUAAAUCAAUAA